CAUGAUAUUCCCUCACAACACAACAUACACAAGUUCAAGUUCGCUGUAGAAAUAUGGCGGAACGUGUCUUUCUUUUGUCUUGUUGUGUCUUCGUUGCUUUACUUUUUGGUUCCAGUAAUGGACAAAGUUUCUAUCAACCUGAACAAGUACAUAUAUCUGCAACAGAUGAUGUGACUGAGAUGGUCGUUACCUGGGUUACCUUUGACCUUACACCACACUCUAUUGUAGAAUACAACAAACAAGGAUAUCCAAAGUUUGAGCUACAAGCUAAUGGCACUGUCACUAAAUUUGUUGAUGGAGGAAAUCUUCAUAGGACUAUAUAUAUACAUAGAGUGACGCUAAAGGGACUUAAACCCACCCAGGCUUAUGAUUAUCACUGCGGUGGUCCUGAUGGCUGGAGUGAAGAAUUCAACUUCAAGGCCAGGCGUGAUGGUGUUGACUGGAGCCCCAGACUGGCCAUUUUUGGCGAUUUGGGAAACAAGAAUGCAAAAUCUCUCCCAUUUCUGCAGGAGGAGGUUCAAAGGGGAGACUAUGAUGCUAUCAUUCAUGUCGGUGACUUUGCAUACAACAUGGACACUGAUAAUGCACUGUAUGGUGAUGAGUUCAUGCGCCAAGUGCAGCCUAUUGCGGCAUAUGUGCCCUACAUGACCUGCCCUGGCAACCAUGAAGGUGCAUACAAUUUCUCCAACUACAGAUUCCGCUUCUCCAUGCCCGGCAACACAGAAAGUCUAUAUUACAGCUUCAAUAUUGGGCCUGUGCAUUUCAUCAGCAUCUCUACAGAGUUCUAUUUCUUUACUGACUAUGGCCUUGAGCUGAUUGACCAUCAGUAUGCUUGGUUAGAGAAUGACUUGAAGGAGGCAGCAGCCCCUGAAAACCGCACCCUUCGCCCGUGGAUCUUUCUGAUGGGUCAUCGUCCCAUGUACUGCUCCAAUACAGACCAUGACGACUGUACCAUGCAUGAGAGUCGAGUUCGGACAGGAAUUCCAGAGCUUAACAAACCAGGACUAGAGGAUAUACUCUACAAAUAUGGUGCUGAUGUCCUUAUAUGGGCCCAUGAGCAUUCCUAUGAGAAACUCUUUCCUGUGUAUAAUCGACAGAUGUGUAAUGGUUCCAAGGAAGCACCCUACACCAACCCUUGUGCACCCGUCCAUAUCAUAACAGGAUCUGCUGGUUGCCAAGAAAACCAUGACCCGUUCAAGUACCACUUUGGACCAUGGACUGCCUCCCGGUCCCUUGACUACGGCUACACACGAAUGACCAUCCACAACAAGACGCAUAUCUACUUUGACCAGUUCAGUGUUGACAAGAAAAUGGUUGUGGAUAGUACCUGGCUGAUAAAAGACAGACAUGAGUCAUAUUUCAAGGCCCACCAUUAACUCUCCCAGGGACUCUUCUUAUACUUAACAAUUUAUCACAUUUUAACAGGGUUUGGGGGGCGUAAAUUGAUUAUUUCAUCAUUUGGGUAGCCUGUGUACAGCCGGAAAUAGUUUCAUUAGAACCAUUUUGUGGCUGCAUGCAGGCUACAUUUAAGGGGUCUGGAAUUUUUAUGUGAUUUUUCAGGCAGUUUGAAUAACAUGUUUUACUUGAAAUAAAGUCAUGUAACUGCUCCACCUA